GUAACGAUUCCGUGUGUCUCGAGAUUGUAAUUAAUCAUACGCCAGGAGUAUUAAUGUUGGGGAAAAUAUUGAAACCCUCAAAGUGCCUCCACUUGAAUUGGAUUGUGAGCGUGACGGAUGAUAAUUGUGAGGUUGUUAAGUACCAGGAGUAGUUUUUUUUUUGUUUCUUCUUCUUCGUGUGACGUUGGCACUUUCGAAAGGUUGUCCAGGCAUAUCUAAGAUCGUAUGAUAAUGUAAAAAGUGCUGAUCUUCGAGAGCAUAAAAUUGUACAGGAGAUAGAGAGGAUGUAUUUGUGAAAGGAAUGCAUUUCUAGAUACUGACUGGAAGUCAUAGCGAACACUUAAUUAAUGAAGAGCAGCUGAACGGACGGUUGUCAGUUGUUGUAGACCACGACGUUAUUUCGUGGGGAAUCCCCAUUCGCUCAUGGAAAUGAACGUCUUUCCAUUCUGACUGAAGCAGCCCUUGGACUGGCGUUCGCUCUUCCAAGAUUCCAGAUUUUUGAGGUGCAUCUCCGAGGCAGACCCGAAGUGACAGACGCCAUUUCGGUAGUUGUGGACGGGCGUUGAGAAUUGUGGCUUCGUUGUCCGUCCGAUUUUGUGAAUUUGUCCAAAGGACGAGGAGUGGAAGACGCCAUUUCCGAAAAAGGAACUCCGCCAUACCUCGAAUUGCAGGUUGCGAUAGAAUCGAAGUCACUGGAAGUAAUCCCCCUUCAGGAAUCGAGGGCGCCUUCGGUAAACGUCUUGGCCUAAGUCCCUCCUUCGUUGAGUCCUGCCGGAACCAUGAUUGUCAUCAAGAAGGAGAAACCGGUGAUGUCGGUGUCGUCCAUAAUCCACGACACUCAGCAGCGACCAUGGACUCCAGGUGAGAUGUCACUGCUGUAUGCCGUAAGGGGACACGAUGGGUUAGAUAUAGGGAUGUCAGGGUCACUGGAUCGGCAGUCCCCUUUGAAUGUGACCCCCGACAGUGGAUCUCUGCUCUCCCCUGCCACUUCCAACUACUCCAAUACAAAUGGAGAGCCCGCCUCUCCCAGUGUGUCCAAUCCACAACCUUUCGUGAUUGGAUCAAGUGGAAGUGGAAGCAGCAGUGGGUUGAGCACAUCUCCUACACAGUAUCCACCCAACCACCCUUUGUCUGGGUCAAAACACUUGUGUUCUAUCUGUGGGGACAGGGCAUCAGGCAAACAUUAUGGAGUGUACAGUUGUGAGGGUUGCAAAGGUUUCUUCAAGAGAACCGUUCGGAAAGACCUCUCAUAUGCCUGUCGAGAAGACAGAGUCUGUACAAUAGAUAAACGACAACGUAAUAGAUGCCAGUAUUGUCGAUAUCAGAAGUGUCUAUCCAUGGGCAUGAAGAGAGAAGCGGUCCAGGUAGGGGGAAUAGAGGAGGAGCGCCAGCGAACGAAAGGUGACAAAGGGGAUGGUGACCCAGAUUCAUCAUGUGGAGGUAUCCCAGAUAUGCCAAUUUCCAGUAUCCAUGAAGCAGAAACUAUUGUUGACCCUACAGAUGAGCAACCUGUUGAUCAAGGGGAUGCUGUAACAAAUAUAUGCCAGGCAGCUGACAGACAUUUGGUGCAACUUGUUGAAUGGGCAAAACAUAUUCCACAUUUUACUGACCUUCCAGUAGAAGACCAAGUCGUCCUUUUAAAAGCAGGGUGGAAUGAACUACUCAUAGCAGCUUUUUCACACAGAAGUAUGGGUGUUAAAGAUGGCAUUGUUCUGGCAACUGGAUUAGUGGUACAUAGGAGUAGUGCACAUCAAGCUGGUGUUGGUGCAAUCUUUGACCGUGUCUUGUCAGAACUUAUAGCAAAAAUGAAGGAGAUGAAAAUGGAUAAGACGGAGCUAGGAUGUUUACGAUCCAUCGUUUUAUUUAAUCCUGAUGCCAAAGGACUAAUUGCAUGUAAUGAAGUUGAAAUUCUACGAGAAAAAGUAUAUGCAGCUUUAGAGGAAUACACUCGCACAACCUACCCACAUGAACCAGGUCGUUUUGCAAAACUGUUGUUACGAUUACCAGCUCUCAGAUCUAUAGGCCUAAAAUGUCUCGAGUAUCUCUUCUUAUUUAAGUUAAUAGGAGAUACACCUCUGGAUAACUAUUUAAUGAAGAUGCUUGUCGAUGGUCCCAACACCAAUAAUCCUUCUUCUAACUAGAACUUGGUGGAAAUAGUAAUAUAGACAGUAAAGUGCAUGUAUUACCUUGUUUCCUCUUAAAUGGGCAUAUAAAGCAAUGACAUCUGUCCAGCUAGGCAGUAUGUGUAACUCCAUUAAAAAUCUAAACCAGACAACGAUCAUUACAUGUACUGUACUGUCAGGAUAGUGAAGCAAUACUGGACAAUAAACUACUAAGUGAACUACACCAGCUACAGGACUUGCAAAUGCAAUGUGUUCAUUUAACCAUAUGUUGUGAAAGUAUAAGUGUAGUAGCGUAUAAGACCGGUGCUUCUGAAUCAUUUGAUUCAUGUCAUUGAGUGUGGAAAAUAUUUUGAAACUGAAAUGAUAGUUAAUGUGUAGACCAAAUUUUAAUUGUCAUGUAUUGGUAGUAAUGUAAACAUUUCAGUUCUUUGUAUAAAAUAAAAGUACAAAUUUGGAAAAUUUGGAAAAAAACAGGUCAAGAUAUUUCCAUGAGACAUAUGAUGUUAAGAAUAAGAAAUAUCUUGUACGUAUUACUAGUGGCUUUCACUUUUAUGUACAUUUUUUAGAAUGUGCACAGUUGCACUGAAGUUGAGAGUUCUGUGUUUACUGUAAUUAACCGUAUUUGUAAUACUGGUGCUAUGAAUUUGAAGCAACCAAUGUUGACUUUUUCACUGUUAUUACAUGUGAAGCAGUGAACUCUUGCUGUAACCAUACAAAAAGUCUUUUGUAUCUUAUAAUUUAUAGUCGUAUAUUUUCUUUUGCUUACUGUAAUUUUAACAUCAUGUCCUAGUACAAUCAUCAAAAUAUAAUUAUGUAUAUAUAGUAUCAUUUCAUUUUCAUCUCAUAUUUCACCAGUUUAUGAUUUUCAACUUUGUAUCAUAUUCAUCUCUGCAUUUAUGUGCAAUUGUAUAGAUGUCACACAUCCAUUAUAUGAAUGGUUAUAUGCCACAUUAAUGUGUAUAUUUAAUUAUUUUGUGGUAGCUGUGCUCCUUAAGUAGGUCUGUAUGGUAGUACUUUAUAGUGAAAUUAUUAAAAUUUUAUUUUGAAAUUAAAAUGUUCCAUACAUACUUAAGAUAUACUGAGGUUUUUACUCACAUUGUACAAAUGAAGAAGUACGCUUUUAACUGUAUAUUUCUUUCAGUAGUAGUUGUAGGUAAAUUUGUUUUGGUGCCCAUAUUUGGCACAAUGCAUUGUAUUUAUUCCAACCAUUAAUUUUUUUUAUGAGUUAACAUCCGAAGAAGUGGCAUAUAAAAUAAAUUGUAUGUAUACAUAUACUGCAACUAUUUUAUAUAUAUAUAUAUAUAUAUAUAUAUAUAUAUAUAUAUAUAUAUAUAUAUAUAUAUAUAUAUAUAUAUAUAUAUAUAUAUAUAUAACAAGAAUUUUAUGCAUCACUAUAUCAGGGUUUAUGAAAAUGAAAAUUACUGUAUACUAUUGGAAAUGUAGGAAACCUAAAUUUUUUAUUUCUGAUACUUUUGGUAGAUUACUAUUCAGGGAUUUGUUUUUAAACUAUUUUAACUAAUAUUGAAUAUUAAAAGUUGUUCCCUUGACAUUAAUGGUUGUGAAAUAACUGCGUUAUUGUACCAAAGGCAGUCAAGUUGUAGAAAACUGCCCUUAAUGUUGAUUCUGAUUAACAGUGUUGCUCAUGUUGUGAUCAUUAUUGAACUUGUAUCACUUGUUAAUACGGCAUUUACAAGUAUUAGUACACAAAUAUUUCUUUCAGGAAAUACAAGACAAAAUGAGUUGUCGUAUGCAAGAUUAGUUUUAAUAAUUCUUGAUGUAAAACUUUCAAACAUUUCAGAAGAUUAUGAUGAUGGUAAUGUCUGGAAAAUCAGCAUUUAACAUCAUCUAUUCAUAGCAUAUUUAAAAAAUAUGUUUUAUUGAUUAUAUCAAUAUUUAUUCACCCCAGGGUUUACUUAUGCUGAAGACAAUUUGUCAUACCAUGUGGUGAUAGUUUUAUGUAGAUGAGUUGUUAGCUAAUUUAGCAAUUUGUAGGGAUUUUACACUUUUGUAAGCAUUAUUGGUUUUUACUUUGUGUGAACUUUGCCAGGUGCUCAAGAAAACAAUAGUGGUUUCAAAUAUUUUUGAGUUUUUUAAGCCAAGAGGCAGUUAUGAAAUUAUGUGGGAUAGUUUUUGGUAUUCAACAGUAUUUUUGAAGUGUUGUUAUACAGUAAAAGCAUAUUAUAUAAAUCAAGCAGUUGACCCAUUUUUUCAUUUUUAGGGUUAAAUUUUGCUCUGAUGUUUUGAAGUUGAUUUUACAACUUAAGUGAUAACAUGUAACUUUACUAGCUACAAGUGAUGUAGCCAAGUUUAGUAUUUUUCAAUGUUUCCUAUUCCAGUGUUGGCCUAUCAGAGGCAUGAUGAAAUAAAUACAUCUUGAGUG